AUGCCGGAUGCUUCUGCUAUUUCCAAACCACUGUUGCUUAAAGGAGGCACAGUCGUGAACCAUGACGUAUCUUUCAAAUCAGAUGUUUUAAUUGAUAAUGGUAUUAUUCAGGCUGUUGGUGAAAACCUUAGCUACCCCAACGGCACAGAAAUUAUCGACGUAAGUAAUAAAUUAUUAUUACCUGGCGGAAUUGACUUGGACUGUCACAUUGGUGUCGCAACCUCAAAUGACCCUAUAGCUGAUACUUACCUCUCUUCAGGAAAAGCAGCUCUUUUUGGUGGUACAACUACAAUUGUAAACACGGUUAAUGCUUAUCCUGGGGAAUCACUAAUAGACGCAUAUGAACAGUUUGUAUCAUCAGCCCAUGAAAGCCUAGCAUGCGAUUAUGGUAUAUGCUUGCGGUUGGCUGGCUUCUCAUCAGAAAUGAACAACGAGCUGAAUACUUUAGUUCAAGAUAAAGGAGUGGUGCUAUUUUCCGUUCGUGUGGGUUCAAAAUCUUCAUCUGUGGUAGAUAAUGAACAGUGUAUUAUCAAUGAAGAAGAAUUUUGUUAUUUCUUAAAGGCUUGUCGACAACUAGGAGCGUUGCCAAUGCUUGAAGCAGCUACUUCUGUGUCGUUAGCUGAGAAAUUAUCCUCAGACGUGCAAAUCAAUUGUCCCGAUAUUGGUCCAGAAGUCAAUUUAUUGGUUUCACCGGAAGAAGCUGAGGCAAAUAGUAUAUUGCAAGGAUCUUUGUUUUCACAAUAUGCAGGAUUUUGUUGUCCGCUUUUAAUUUCUAGAAUUCAUAGUAAAGCAGCACUAAAUUGCUUCAUUGAACAGCGCCGUAUGUGUAGAGGUAUAUUAUUUGGACAAACUAGUAUUCCCGCAAUAGCUAUUCCUCUUUCUUUAAUAAACUGUGAUGAUCAUCCUGACGACAUGUUGACCCAUUCAAAGAAUUGGGCUGUUGCUGCUAGUUACAUGUGCGACCCUCCAUUACGACCAGAUACUUAUCUUAGCCGAAGGUUGCUGACUCACCUCGUCUCUGAAGACUUGACUUGCGUUGGUUCAGGUCAUCGGGCAAUAACCACUGCAGUUCGUGCAGCUUUUGGAUCAAAAAGUGCUGUACAUAUACCUCGUGGUAUAGCAUCUUUGGGCUAUAGAAUGGUUGCCUUAUGGCAUUUUGGUGUUGAAAGUGGAUUUUUGGAUCCUUGUACGUUCGUCAAAGUAACUAGCUCUAAUCCUGCAAGAUUAAUUAAUGUUUAUCCUCAGAAAGGCAGAAUAGAAGUAGGUUCCGACGCCGAUAUAUUAGUUUGGUCAAACUCCUAUAAGCAAGACGUUUUGAAAAACAUUUUACCCGAUGGUGUGCCUAACCUAUUUUCUAACACUGCUUAUCAUUCGGGACCUGAAGUGGUUAUAUUACGUGGUCAUAUUGCUGUUCACAAUACCGAGUUUUCAAAUAACACUUCCACUCAUGGGAAACUGCUUGUUUGCCGACCAUUUUCUCAUUAUGUGUAUGCUCGUGUCGAUUCAGUGGAAAGAAGUGUCAAUUCCGAAUUUAAAAUGCUCCAACGCGAACCAUACGUAGGAAAUGCAGUUUCCAUUACUACUGAAACUUCAAAUGAUAACAAGGAAGGGUACUACUUUCGGAAAGAAUAUUAUGAUAAUAUACCCAGAGUGGCCUUACCACCUGGUCAGAGGAAAAUACACACGUCAGUUAAAACGGCUCAACCUCCCGGUGGUUCAUCGAAUGCGUUUUGGUCAAACGAAUAG